GAGAGAGAGAGGGUGGAGAGAGAAGGGGGAGGGUGCUUGCAGGCUGAUAACACACUCAACCACAGAUGGUUGCAAGAGAGUGAGGGAGCAAAGACAGACAGAAAGAGAGAGAUUAAGAAGAGGUAGGGAAAGCAGAGACUAAGAAAGCGGGUGAGGCUGAGUGGGAGGCAUCCAUCUCUCUGGUAGCAUUGCCAAAGCAACAGCGAGAAGAGGAGAGAGGAGGUACUACAGAGUCUGUGAGUCAGGUCUUGUUGCUGAAGCCAAGAGAUCUUCUGCUGCUGUUUACUCUGGACCCCAGGGAUGGAUCAAUGCUCACACACAUAAAUGCCAGACUUGAAUUGAACCGGGUUUUUUUUUUUGCAGUGGGUCCUUACAGAGGCACAGACACAGGAAAGCAGGAUGUGGUAUUGAAUGCAUGCCUUUUAUGAGCGUUGGUUUGCGGGUAUAACAGGGGCUCUCAGGUGAGCAGGGUUAACUUGAAACCAACCUGUAAAGUGACUCCAUGACACCAGCGCGUGCCUAUAUAUAUGUGUGUGGGUGUGUAUGUGUGUGAUGGUUACAUACUGUGUAUGAGUGUGUGUAUAUGUUUAUGUUGAGCUGCAAAUGGCCAGGUGCAUAUACUGUAUGGUGUGUUUGUGACACCGGCGUCAGAACACACACACACACACACACACACACACACACACACACACACACACACACACACACACACACACACACACACGUCAGGAGGAAGUGACACGUCUGUGCUCGAUCUCGGAUUUCCUGGUCCCCUCUCUGGUGGCACGCAGAGCGUUGAAUCUGAGCCGAGUUCACCUGUCUCGCCCUCACAGGCGGGACUUAAACUCUUCUGGAUGCAUCAACAGAGGACCGCUGACUUUUCUGGAUGAGUAAAGGGCAGUUAGUAGCGCGUGUACUCUGAUUGUGGCUGAGUCACAUCAGCCCUGCGUUUUCGAGAUAAACCAGCACUUCCUCAAGCUGUCAACGUGCUGCUCUGGUGCUGCGCCGGUGCCGGAGGCCGUCUCUGGACCUCUUCAUGACUGUCAAUACAGUGCUGACCCCCUCCAUGACAAGCAGUAACAGCAUGAGCAGCGGGUACUGCAGCCUGGAUGAAGAAAGCGAAGACUUCACUUUCUUCACAGCCAAGACCUCGUUCUUCCGCCAGCCCAAGCAUGCAGCUAAGCAGAAGGAAGCAAAGGAGGAAGAUGGAAGAGGAACAAAGGGCCUGUCAGAAGAAGAGGUGCGGACAAGGAUAGAAGAGUAUAACGCUCAAGUCUCUGAAACUGGCAUGAAACUGGCUUCAGACGGAUCCUACACAGGCUUCAUCAAGGUCCAUCUGAGGCUCAGUCGACCAGUCACAGUCCCCGCUGUGGAGGCGGCGGACUCAGAGGGAGCGUCCAGGCAGACGGCUGGCCGCACUCAAGCGCUGUCAGAGUGCCAGGAAGGGACGGACUUUGGGCAGAGCCAAAAGAGAACAUCCUUCUACCUACCGUGCGACUGUGUCAAGCAGAUCCACAUUAGCUCUCUGACCACCACCAGAGAGGUCAUCCAAGGUUUGCUGAAGAAGUUCAUGGUGUUGGACAAUCCCCGCAAGUUUGCAUUGUACAGACAGACACACCGCGAUGGACAGGAUCUGUUCCAGAAGCUUCCUCUGUGUGAGUGUCCUCUUCUUCUGAGGUUGAUAGCAGGGCCUGACCCAGAGCAGCUCAGCUUUGUCCUUAAGGAAAAUGAGACUGGAGAGGUGGAGUGGCAUGCGUUCUCUGUCCCUGAGCUGCACAACUUCCUGGUAAUCCUGGGGAAAGAAGAGGCGGAGCGCAUACGGGCAGUGGAGCAAAAAUACACUGUGUACAGACAGAAACUACAACAAGCCCUACAACAACAUGACCCCUGACCCCUUCACCUGUUACCUUACGACCUCAACCCAGGGAGAGACUGACCCUCUAAACGCUGACCCUUCAAGACCCGUGAUCUAUUCAGAGACUGGAGCCAGAGCUGAACUCAUCUCUCCACCCUCCACACAUAGACCCAAACAUACAGUACAUUCACACAUAGAUGCAUACCCUUUCUCAGGACGCAUACAAGCCCACCCAACCAUCGACACAAACGCUCCCCGAGGAGAGAAUCAGGGGUUGAAAGCGACAUGAAAGGCUACAGGGGUGUGUCGUCUGAUAGCUGGUUGGAUAAGCAGAGUUUUCAUUGCCAAGGACACACACAGAAAGAUCAGAGCAACACAAGAUCUGAAACUCCGACUUGAGAUCUCAUUUGGGACUGAUAUGAAUCAUUUGUGUUUUUAAAGAUACCCUCUUAUUCUUCUUCUUCUGCUGCUGCUGCUGCUGCUGCUGCUACUGCAAGUGUUACUUAUGCAUGAGUCUCUCUCAGCUCAUCCCCCUGCACAUAGAGUUAGAAGUCACACAGAAGGCAUGAUUACUUUUUGACAGGACAAUCAUAUGGAGUGUUCUUUUGAUUUGAUUUUUCUUGGAAUUGAUGUAUAGGGUUAUCACCAGAUGUAUUAUUUUUAUGCUGGAAUAUAAGACGUGUGGAUUUGUGAGAGAGUUGUUUUUGGGUCAGGGUCAAGAAGAAAGGAAAGAAUAAGAAAAUUAUCAGAGGAUGGAUCUUGCCAUUCUCUGUUUUUUCUCAGGGACCAUGCGUUGGGCAAAGGAGGAAAAGGAACCAAAUUCCACCCUACAACACCCCACUUUUUUUUUUGCCCACUUUGUCCAAAAUCUCAGCGUUUUUUUAAUUUGUUGCUAUCAUUUUAUUUUCCUACUUUAAUGCCAUGUGAAAAGCUGCUGUCAGGAGCUUCGCUGACAGAAAGAUCUUCAAACCAAACCAUUUACCCGAUCCACAAACCUAAACUCUUCUCAGAUAACUGUGAUUUCAUUUUCCCUCCCUAAAUCCUGACCCCAACCUUGCUUGACCUGCUGAGCAAGGCAAUCCACAUACUUUUACAGAAUUUACACUUUAUUGUUAAAGUGAUUUUACACUGUUAGUAUAUGGGUUUCAUUUGAAUGUCAGAGGGUUUUUUUUUUCUUCACCAAAGCUUAGAGGGACAGAAGAUUUUAAAUGGAUGAGAGACAUUAGGAAGUUUAUCUAAUUUAAAGGUGGCGUAUGUAAAAAAAAUUAAACCAUCUUCUGUUUUUGCACAUUUGGAUGCAGGUCACUGAAUAGCCCACAACUCUGGGGCUGGGCAUGCAUUUCUGCUUCUCUUUUCUUGUCAUUUUUUCCUCUUUUUCAACUCCCCAUCUUCCACCCAAAAAAAGAAACAAAAAUAUAUUAAAUUAAUGAUAAUGGCUAUGAUGUACCAAUGACGUGUUUGCAAUGCAUAUGUAUUAUGUAGACACUGGAAAAAAAAGUGACAAGGUUAAACUUUGUUAUUGCAAUGAAUAUUGAUAUUAUUGUGUGUGUGUGUGUGUGUGUGUGUGUGUGUGUGUGUGUGUGUGUGUGUGUGUGUGUGUGUGUGUGUGUGUGCGCGCAAUGUGAAUUAUUAUAAGUGUGUAUGUGUCAUCGGCGCUCCCUCAUUGGGCCUCACUUAUCAACUAUUAAAACAUUAAUUGAGUGCACAUGUAAUAUAACGCAUUACAACUGCAAAUUAGGUUGUUUUGGAAAAGCUAUUUGGCAUGCAUGUAUCAUAAAAUGAAUGCAUUUAACCAAAGCAUUUAGUGUAAACAUUUCCCACACACCCUGAGAUAAAUGAGGCUCGUCGUCCAUAAGCACAUGCUUCUCAGUAAACCCAAACCUGUUCUUUUUUUUUUUUUUUAACGCCACCACCCAAAGCCCAAGCUGUUCCUGCUGGCAGUGCCUUUUGUUUCAUGUGCCCCUGUGGAUCUAUGUAAGGUGUGUUUCAGCACACAGGUGCCUGAGUGUAUGUGUGGGCGCUUUUGCAAGUGUGCAAAAAUCUGUGUUUCUUGGGUGGUGUCAUUUUUUCGUUCUUUGCCCUACCCUUAACACAUUUGUCUUUCCAACAAAACCUGUGUGUGUGUGUGUGUGUGUGUGUGUGUGUGUGUGUGUGUGUGUGUGUGUGUGUGUGUGUGUGUGUGUGUGUGUGUGUGUGUGUGUGUGUGUGUGUGUGUGAGUGAGGUGCGUGUUAUUUAUUUCACGGUCCACGUCAUCCAUAUGAAAUAAUGUCAAGGAUGUUGAGACUUAAUGCUUUUUUUUUUUGCAAUUUAUUUUUUUUUUAUUUGAAAAAGUGUGUAUAAUUAUAGCAGUAGAACUGUACAGAAUAUCACAAUGAAAUAAAAAGGUCAUCCCUUUAUUGAAA